CUGUUAGAAGCUUCAUAAUCUAUUAUUUAUAGUCCAUAAAUUCCAACGUCAAAAAGCGUUCCUAUUAAACGAAUUUUGAAGUUUUACCUGCCUUUUCUUCAAUAGAAUAUAAAACUUCUUUUUAAUUUAUUUCUAAAUUAUUUUUCAACAGUUUUGCCGACAGACUGAAACUGGUGCAUACCUAGUUACACAUCGUUCGGGAAUUCUCUUCAGUUGUCUAUAUCGGAUAGUAAUAAAGAAACGAAAUACAUUCGAAAUUUCAAAAUUAUCUUUACUCGCAGCGUUUCGAAUAUUUUUCACAUUAAAUGUUAACGUUGUAGGAUACGACGACAGUCGAUGCAGGAUACGGACAACCAGGUCCAACUGGACCAAAAGGCGAUCGUGGCAUGCCUGGAGCACCUGGAUAUUUGGGACCACAGGGCAUCAUGGGACCACAGGGACCGAAAGGAGAUAGAGGAUUCGAUGGUACCAAUGGUCCACCUGGACAAGCUGGGCAACCGGGUCAAAGAGGACCAAAGGGAGACAGUGGACGUCCUGGUGAUCCUGGACCGGCUGGUUUUGCUGGACCUCAAGGAUAUCGGGGUGCUAAAGGAGAACCAGGACCAAAAGGUGAACCGGGCAGAUCAGCUCAAGGACCGCCUGGUAUUGAUGGAUAUCCCGGAACAGCAGGAGUACCUGGUGGAAAAGGUGACCGGGGUUUGCCUGGAUUACGCGGUCUUCCUGGAAACUCAUCAUCUGUCGGUGGAUCACCAGGUCCUCAAGGAAUUCCUGGUCCUAUGGGACAACCUGGUGCUCCUGGUUUUCAAGGUGUUCCCGGAACAAAAGGCCUUAAAGGAGAUAGAGGUUUGGACGGUGUUUGUGGUUCACGAGAUGGAUUGAAGGGAGGCAAGGGCGAACCUGGUUAUCCUGGUGAUGCAGGAACACCUGGUCAACGAGGAGGUUCUGGUGAUAAAGGAGAAAGAGGUGAUAUUGGACCACAAGGUUAUCCAGGAGGAAUCGGUGCAGCUGGUCUACCGGGUACCCCUGGUGUUGAUGGUAUACCGGGAAGUAAAGGAGACAAGGGUGAACCAGCUCGUGUGUCAACAGUGCAAGGAAUGUCUGGUGAAAAAGGAACACCAGGAUUGCCGGGCUUGAAAGGAGAUAGAGGUGAUCGAGGUGCUGCGGGUUAUAGUGGCAGAGAUGGACAACCAGGAACUAUGGGACCUAUGGGACCAAAAGGCGAUGCCGGUUAUCCUGGACAACAAGGACCUCCAGGAAGUCCCGGACCAAUGGGUGAUCUUGGUCCUCCUGGAUUAUCUUAUCCAGGUGAAAAAGGAGAAAAAGGCAUACCAGGACCUGUUGGAAAUCCCGGAAUUCCCGGCAGCGCAGGAGCAAAGGGAGAGCCAGGACGAUCUUUUGCUGGACCAGUUUCCGCACCUGGAAGUAUCGGAGAGAAGGGUGAUCGUGGUUAUCCUGGAGCAAAUGGUAUACCAGGUUCACAGGGCCCAGCUGGUUUACCAGGAGCAAAUUGUUCAGUGGGAAUCAGAGGAGAUGCUGGAAUGCCUGGCUUGCCCGGUGCAAUGGGACAGAAAGGAAUCACAGGACAAAGAGGAGAACCAGGACUUCCGGGCCGCGAUGGAUCACCAGGACUACCAGGACCGAAAGGCUACGACGGCAUGCCUGGCGCACCCGGUCUAAGAGGAGAGAAGGGAGAUGCUGGCUUGCCUGGUCCAGGAUUUCCAGGAGCACAAGGAUUACCUGGUGAAAAGGGAGACAGAGGUUUUCCUGGUCAAGCAGGAAAUAUUGGUGAAUCAGGAUUGCCAGGAGCGAAAGGUGAAGCCGGUUUACCAGGAGCAAAUGGCUAUCCAGGAUUACUUGGACCAAAAGGUGAUCGUGGUGAACCGGGAUUUGCUGGACUGAAAGGAGAUCAAGGUUUACCUGGCCCACCCGGUCUUGACGGCGCACCAGGACCAGUUGGACCAUCAGGACCACCAGGUCAACCAGGUCUCAGUGGAGAAAAAGGAUUUCCAGGAAUGCCAGGAGCAAAUGGAAAUCCCGGAUUGCCAGGCAUGAUUGGUCAGAAAGGUGAACGAGGACUUGAUGGUAGACCUGGAAAUGAAGGAACUCCCGGACUUCCAGGUGACAAAGGUGUUGUAGGAUUUCCAGGACCUAGUGGAUCAUCGGGAUUACCGGGACUUCCGGGUUCAUUUGGACCAAAGGGUGACAAAGGUCCACCUGGUCAACCGGGGCCGCAGUGUUUACAAUGUGCAAGCGGAGCAAAAGGUGAUCGAGGGUUCCCAGGCCAGCCAGGUUUACCGGGAGGAAAAGGAGAACCGGGCUCUGCUGCUUCAAGAGGAUCACCAGGAGAAAGAGGACCGUCCGGUCUUCCAGGUGCCCCAGGGUUAAGCGGACUUCCAGGCAAAGAUGGUUUACCCGGUCUUCCAGGUCAAAAAGGAGAAAGAAAUGUUGGGCCGACAGGCUUUCCUGGCGCACCUGGCCAAAUGGGACCGGCAGGAGAAAGAGGAUUACCCGGAACCAAUGGAUUGCCCGGAACACCAGGAGAAAGAGGUUUACCAGGAGCCCCUGGCUUGCCAGGACAACAAGGAGCACCCGGAUCAAGUGGUGCAAAAGGUGACACUGGAUAUAACGGAUUACCUGGACAAAAAGGUGAAAGUGGAUUACCAGGCCUUAAUGGACCACCAGGAUUAAAUGGUAGCCCUGGAGCUAAAGGAGAGCCCGGAAUCCCAGGACGAGAUGGAGGUGCAGGUAUGCCCGGAAUAAAGGGUGACAGAGGUCUAAACGGCUAUCCAGGACUAGCGGGUGCAAAGGGAACAGCUGGUAUGCCUGGUCAACCGGGACCUCCAGGUUUAGCAGGAUCACCUGGCGGACCAGGAUUAUCAGGAAUGCCAGGAUUAAAAGGUGAACCUGGCUUUUCCGGUUUACCAGGAUCGAAUGGAGCACCAGGUCUACCAGGGGCUUCCGGUCUUCCAGGUGAUAUUGGACCAUCUGGAUUACCAGGACAGAAAGGAGAACCAGGUUACGCUACCGCUGGGCCAAAAGGAGAACCUGGUGUACCAGGACGUGACGGUAUGCCAGGUCUGCCUGGAGAGAAAGGAACUCCGGGAUCUGUCGGUCUACCAGGUCAAGCAGGACGAGAUUGUGAUGUACCUGCUUAUGGUCAGAAAGGAGAUGGUGGCUUACCAGGCCCACCUGGUCUUCCAGGAAAAGAUUGUCCACCAGGUCAACCAGGUGCACCAGGCCUUCCAGGAGCUAAAGGACGAGAUGGAAAUCCAGGAAUGAAUGGUCAGCCUGGACAACCUGGUGAAAGAGGCUUUUCUGGAAUGCCAGGCCAACCAGGAGUACCCGGUCUUCCCGGUGCACUAGGCUUACCAGGUGCGAAAGGUGAACGAGGUUUUGAUGGACGCCCAGGAAAUCCAGGUCUACCAGGUCCACAAGGAUUAAAAGGGGAAUGUGUUCAAGGUCCAUCUUCCCUUGGCGCGCGUGGUGACAAGGGUGAUAUGGGACUAAUGGGACCACCAGGCUAUGCUGGACAACCGGGAGAAAGAGGACCACCAGGACAACCCGGUUCACCAGGCUUGCCCGGAUAUAUGGGUCCCAAAGGAGACAGAGGUAUACCUGGUGUUAAUGGUAUCAGUGGUUUAUCCGGUCCUCCAGGACCAAGUGGACCACCAGGUGUUCCAGGUAUUGGUUUACAGCGAACUGGCUUUACGAUUGUACGACAUUCCCAAUCGUCACAAGUUCCUGACUGUCCAUCUGGCAUGCAAAAACUCUGGGAUGGUUACAGUUUACUUAUGAUGCAAGGAAAUGAUCAUGGUUAUCAUCAAGAUCUUGGCUCAGCUGGUUCAUGUCUUCAAAAGUUUUCCGCACUACCCUAUUUACGAUGUGAUCAUACAAAUGUUUGUUAUUACGGUCAAACAAAUGACUUAACAUAUUAUUUAUCAACAACAGAACCGAUGCCAAUGAUGCCUGUUCAACGUGAUCAAAUUCGUCCAUUUAUUAGUCGAUGUGCUGUUUGUGAAGCACCAGCAAAUGUUAUGUCAUUCCACAGUUUAUCAAUGACUCCACCAGCAUGUCCCAAUGGAUGGAAUAUACUAUGGCAAGGCUAUAGUUUUGUGAUGCAUUUGGGUCGUGGUAGUCAAGGUGGUGGUCAAUCAUUAUCUAGUCCUGGCAGUUGUCUAGAAGAUUUUCGCGCUACACCAUUUAUUGAAUGCUCUGGUACAGAUGGUAGUUGUAUGUAUUAUGCAAAUAAAUUUAGUUAUUGGAUGACAACAAUUGAUCAAAAUAAUAUGUUUGAAGUACCCAGACAAGAGACAUUAAAAUCGGGUAAUCAUCGACAAAAAAUAAGUAGAUGUUCGGUUUGUUUGAAAACGCAGCAAGGUGGUGGUGGUGGUACAGGAUAUUAUAUUCAGCCACUAAAGAAACAUUGA